CAUAUGAAAAAGCUCAAAGGGAGGGAACCUACGCCUCUUAUUUGACAAUUGGGCAACAAGUGUGUAAUAAACAUUACAUACGCAUUGUUGAAUCUGACAGGAGUAAAACAGUAGGUGCUUCUAAUUCAACCAUGUAUUGA